AUGGCUCUCGAACUUUACCACCUUCACCUCUCGCAAUCCGAGCGAGUCGUAUGGCUCCUCGAAGAGAUGCAGAUACCAUACAAUUUGCAUGUGUUCAAACGAGAUCCUAAGACCGGUCUCGCCCCAGAUGACUUGAAGGCAAUAAACCCUGCGGGCACCGCGCCUUACUUCAGGGACACCUCCGUCAGCCCCGAAGUUGCCAUCUCGGAAUCGGGAGCGACCGUGUCCUAUAUCCUGUCCGUUUACAGUGCUGGCUCGAACGGAACGCGUCUAGUGCGAACGCCAGAAGACCCAGACUUCGCUACGUAUCUGGAAUGGUUCCACUACGCCAACGGCUCCCUUCAUGCAUCCAUUAGUCGGCUGAUGUACUUUCAAUUCUCUGGAAUGCCCUCCGACUCCCCCAUGGUCCAACGAUUGCGCGGCAAGCUGGCUGGCCAGCUGAAGAUGAUAGACGAUCACCUUGGAAAGAACCAAUGGUUUGCAGGAAAGGACCUCAGCGCCGCGGACUGCAUGAUCAUGUUCAGCUUAUCGACCAUGAGAGGAAUCUACCCCAUCGACCUUGGGCCAUAUGCCAACAUUCUCAGGUGGUUGCGCGACGUGGCGGCGCGACCUGCUUACCGCAAGGCAAUAGAAAAAGGAGAUGAGGGCAUGGAUCCAUUGAUUGAGCCCAAUGCCAGAAGAUUCACCGAGAUUGAAGCUUUCAGGGGGGCCUUGGAAAAGGCAUGA